AUGGGGGGUAAAUUAGCGGGCGGGCCGAGAAAAAACAAGAGGGGCGGUCCUAAAGACGGUUCCGCUCUAGACCGCAUGAUUGACGGAGCCAAACCCGGCGUCGGUCAUUUCGCAGAGAACUCCCAAACAGUCAAGAUACGAAUGAAAUGCCAGGUCUACGGCCGCUUCACCGACACAAUGAAGGGCCGAAGGAUCGUGUUUCUGAUCCUUUCGUUUCAUGUUGAACAGAGUGGGUCGAUUCCAGCUAAUCAGAGUGAAAUUUCCAUGUGCUCAGCCAAUCUAAUCUACUCGCAAAGCAAACCUUGGACCAACACGACUGGAUCCCUGCAACGGCAUUGCUCGAGCCAGGUCAUCAUUCCACGUUAUCUCGACCAUAUCCAACAUCUUUCACCUCUACAUUCAUCCAUCACCAUCAACAGUCUUCCUUCCACCAUGUCAGAACCAAACCCUCAGUCAAAUUCUCCCCUUGUCAAACUCCCCCGCGAAGUCCGAGAUGCUAUUUACCUCGAGGUCUGGCGCCUCAUCGGUCUCCGCCAACACAUUGUAGCCCAUUGGGGAUCAUCAGACGAAGACGCCAAACCUCACUAUUGCCGCUGGAAAUGCUGCACGCCCGAAUUCGAAGUCGAGGAUCGACUCCAGGAAGAAAUCGACCAGCUCCGAAUCAAAAAAGGAAUAUUUCUCGAAGAAUAUUUCUCACAUAAACCCGAGUCUCCUCGCGUUGACUACCAGGGUUUUCUCUCUUCACCUUGGGAUAACCACUGGGAAUGCUGGCUUGAAAUCACACAAAAGUACGGCAGGGAAUAUAUCGAGGGUAAUUAUGGUCCACAUGGUAACUCUGUCAGCACAUCGGGCUGUCGCUGCUGGAAAGACGUGGCCAAAGAUCCCAUGAAUUUGACACCACUCUGGGACAGAGGAUCCAGGCCACCGCCACCCAAGCCUCCUAGCAGGUGGAAACGGGCUGUGGAAAAGGUGAAAAGGGCCAAGGACGCAAUCAGACCUCCGCCAGUCAUCGAACCCCCUUGGACUGGUAGCCCUUAUAUGCCAAUUUUGCUGUGCUGCAAGCUCUUGUCUCCUGAAAUCGUCGAGUCUCUGUACAGAUCAACCACAUUUAUCUUUACAGACAUAGUUGCUUGGCAGCUGUGGCUAGGCUAUUGUGAUCCUCAAACAUCACCACGACCAGAACUUGGAGGAGCACCUCGAGCCUUCCUCGAGAACACGACAAGCAUCGAGUUAGGCCUCCACCCCACAUUCAAACUCGAAGUCCCAUGUACAUUCUCAGAAGAAAAAGAGCCCGAUCACCCAGAACAGCUUCAUGACCCCUAUGACUUUCACUGGCUCAAGAUGGACCGGUUCAGAAACCUGAGGAGCGUCAAGAUUUGGAUGUCUGCCCGGACUCUCUCCACGUUUCCAAGACGGUCCAUCCUUCAGUGGAAACAUUACAGGCUUGAUCAGUUCAGCAAGAGCGAGCUCAUAAAAGCUCUCUCAGCUUUCGAGAACCUGGAUGAAUUCAUCAUUAGCACACCUCUUGCUCAGAAUAUUGGACCAGAGGAUGGGUACGUCCAAGACGUAAUGGAGAAACCGAGCCAUCAGGUCUGGAAGAGAGGCACCGGUGAUCAUUAUCAUCCAGGGAUGGAUAUUGAUCUUGGCGGCGGCGGGCCCAUCACUAAUAUUGCAUCAUAUCCUGAAAGAAUUGUGACUCCAAGUACUCAUGGUCUGUCCUUCUCUUUCUCUUUCCGCCUGACGGGGCUUAUAUAA